AGUUACCUACCACACUUCCUGUCAGGACUGAGCCACCAACCAUUUGCGUUUCGGUUAUUUUUCAAGACGUUUUCUUCCAGAACACAACACGUCAGGAAUGCGGGGUCGAUACAAUGGAACCUUCUAUCGCGUCCGAACCCAGCAGUCCUGAAGAGCUUAACAAAGCUCGUUUUUUUGAUCUCACCGUUGACCAGUGUGACUUGUCCAUUCUCGUACCGGAGACCCCAAGCUCGCAGCUCCCCAAGCGCAGGAGGAGAUGUACACGACAUGAAGAGGAAGCAUUUAGCCCGGUAACGACGCGGCGCUCAGUGGACCGAGCAGAACGUUCCGAUGGGCCGUCCAAGCGCAGGAGGCUAUCUAAGGCGAAGUCGGGGCGGAACUUUGGCUUUGUGCCCGCCUCCUCUUUGGGUCUAUUUCCUGCGGGCAGCUGGUUUGACGCUUCGUCCAGUUCCUCGUCUUCGUCCUCGUCGCCCUCUUCAUUCCUCACGUUAGAACAGGAUGAAGAGGCGGGGCUGAUGGUGGCAACGGCGACAAUGCGGCCUUCGAGUGGUCGCGACUCGUUGUCCUUCCUGACGGCAGAGGAGAGGAGGUGGCUGAGCGGCGAGCAGGCCGACGCCAGAACACUGGAGGCGUUGCCGGAAGUGGUCAUCAGUGAUGAUGAGGACAUGCCGAUCCGCAUGGCGCAGAUGGAAGAAGAUGAAGUGUUUGCCCGAAGCCUGCAGGCACAGUAUGACCAAGAGGAGGCGGAGUCACAUCAUCACUACCAUCAGAUGCAGCAUCACAUGCACGCCGACGCCACCUGGACGCCACAUCUGCUGGCGGCAGCCAUGUCCCCGCUAGCCAACCUGGGACAAGGUGGUGUCCGUCGCCAGCCCAGACGGGGGCGGGGCCGAAGGAGGGACACGCCACCUCUGUCAGACGACCCCACGGCGAAUGACUACGAGGCCCUGCUGGAAUUUGAAGAGCGCCAAGGCGCCGUCGUGUCCAAGAAGAUGACCCGCUCCGAGAUCCAGAGGUUCCCUGUCAAGUCCUUCCAGAGCGGAGGCGGGAACACACAGUGCCAGAUCUGCUUCUGCGACUACGACCAGGGCGACAAACUGAGGAUGCUGCCUUGUUUCCACGACUACCACGUUCCCUGUAUCGACCGAUGGCUCAAGGACAACACCACCUGCCCCAUUUGCAGGGUCAACCUGGCUGACGACGACAUCGUGCACCAAUAAUACCUGACCACCUUUUGUUGUUAGUUAGUGACUUGUCACUCUUGUUUUAAUAAAAUAAGAAUAAAAAAAAACAACUAUUUCCAUCAGCUUCUUGGUAAGCCGUCAUCAUUUCACUAAACUUGAUGAGCAGCCCACGUGGUUGUCUCACGGCUGAUGAUCACAUGACAAACAUAAUGGAACUGCUUCUUUUAUUUCAUGAAACAAACUGGUUGUUUUUGUGUCAUGACUCAUCACGGUUAUCUAUCAAAGUUUCCAGUCUUUCCACAGGUGUAUGCUGGGACUUAGAUGGUCCUCGUGCACCGGGUCAGCUUGUUGUCAUGGCGAUCGGCCCAUUAGAAGUUGGUCUUGAGACGGCGGUUCUCCUCCUUCAGGCGCUCAAUCUCCACCACAAGGGACUCGUUAAGCGAGUACUUCUCAAUGAGGCCGUGGAUCUCAUUCUGCAAAACGUUGACGAUAUCUUGGUGACAUGCGUCUCUGCGCAGAAAGAGAGAGAGGUGGCACAUUGUGUAUGAAGCGCGACAAUGUCAAAGUUCAAUGGCUGACCUGAAGUCCUCCAGAGUGUCAUGGAUCAUGCGCUGGAUGAAGUGGAUCUGCAGGGAAGUGAGGGGUGCGGCUCCACCCUGCGCCGCCACCUGAGCAAUGUCGGCCGUAAGCGCUGCUGCCGUGGACAAACCUAAACACAGUAAAACACCUGUCAUGGCUGCUGACUAAGCCCCGCCUACUGACGAUCCUUACCCGCAGUCGGGUUGGGGGGAGCUCUGUGGAAAGGCGAAUCAUAGUCCAGUUGCGUUUGAACACUGUUGGCUCUGCUGAGGCCAGGCUCUGGGGUGAAGAAGGGAGCGGCUGACUGGCAAAGAUUUGGCUGCUGGGAUGAGAUGGGCGGGGUCUGAUUCUCCCCCUCCAGACUGGAGCUGCUGGUUUUGUCAGUCUGGCAGCAAAAAACCUUUGUUAAGAUCUCACUCUUAGUAAAUCUAGGUCAAAGGUCACAACCUUUCUGGGGUCACACACUUUGGCAGGCUCCUCUUUGAUGGUGGGUGUCUGGCAGACGGACAGCGGGCUGUAGCACCGACCGGCUGAGGCCAACAACGGCGUCUUACGGAGCGAGCCGGAACCUGAGUCUGAAACACAACCUGUCCUGUUUACCUGAUGUUGACCCCCUUAUCAUUGCAAAUAUUCAGAUAACACUACAAUUAAUUUGUGCUAUGUUUGUGCAGUAAACAUUUUCACUGGUGCCAUUACGGUUUUUAAGUUACUCAAAAAUACAUUUUCUGACAAGUAACAUCAUCCUGCCCCCCCACCAUGUCCCAUUCAUUUGUGCUGCAAAAUGUUUUGUCAAACUCAGCGAUUCUCAAACUCUAGUGGUAUGUCAAAUAAUCAAACUCUGUUCAAACUGUGUGGAAUGUUAGCAGCCAAAAAUAUGAAAUAUACUUGUUAAAUAAAACCUCUGCCUUGGUUUUAAUAAAUAUUUAG